AUGGAGGAUGCAGCAGUGGCGCUUGCGGAGGAGGAGGAGGUGGUGACGGCGGCGGCGGCGGUGGUUGUGGAGGAGGUGGAGGAGGAGGCUGUGGUGGUGGAGGUGGAGGAGGGGGUUGUGGAGGAGGAGGAGGAGGAGGAGGAGGAGGAGGAGGAGGAGGAGGAGGAGGAGGAGAGAUCUAUGUAUGUUGACCUGUGGUCUAGAAAAUGCCAUAUGGAUACUCAGUUUGGCACAUCCCAACACCUCACUAACGUAUUAGAACACAAUUGA